AGAGACUCUCAACAAAGCAUAAAAAGAUAAAGAAGAGAUAGAGACUAGUGUAUUUAAGCUUUACAGAAAGAAAGAAAGAAAAGACAGGAGAGAAAGGAAAGAGAGAUUUGAGUUUCUCUCUUUCAAGCUUUUUCUUUCUACAUUACUCCAUAUCAAUCGCACUUCUCCAUUCUCCUGAAGAAACCCAUUUGGUUCUAGAGAGAGAGAUGGGAGAGCAUACGAGUUUUUGCUCAGUCAUUUUGGUGGUCUUGCUAGUGGCCUGCGCAAGUGGAGAAGACCCUUACAGGUUCUACAACUGGAAUGUCACCUAUGGUGACAUCUACCCUCUUGGAGUAAAACAGCAGGGUAUAUUGAUCAACGGGCAAUUUCCAGGGCCACAAAUCGAUUCUGUCACCAAUGAUAACUUGAUUAUCAAUGUGUACAAUAGCUUGGACGAGCCUUUCCUCCUCUCUUGGAAUGGUGUACAACAGAGAAGGAACUCAUGGCAGGAUGGAGUGUAUGGCACAAACUGCCCCAUCCCACCAGGGCGGAACUUCACUUAUGUUCUCCAAGUCAAGGAUCAGAUUGGAAGCUACUUCUACUACCCUUCCCUUGCAUUACACAAGGCUGCAGGAGGGUUUGGUGGCUUCAAAAUCGCUAGCCGCUCGGUCAUUCCUGUACCUUUCCCACCUCCUUCCGGAGAUUUCACCAUAUUGGCUGGUGAUUGGUACAAGAAAAAUCACACUGAUUUGAGAGCGAUUUUAGACGGUGGGAGUGAUCUUCCCUUCCCUGAUGGACUUCUUAUCAAUGGCCGUGGUUCAAAUGGGUACACAUUCACAGUUGAUCAAGGCAAGACUUACAGGCUCCGGAUAUCAAAUGUGGGGCUUACAACCUCUAUCAAUUUCAGAAUCCAGGGCCACAAGAUGCUGCUGGUAGAGGUUGAAGGAAUUCACUCGCUCCAGAACACUUAUGAUUCCCUUGACAUCCAUUUGGGGCAAUCCUACUCUGUAUUGGUCACAGCUGAUCAGCCAGCACAAGACUACUACAUUGUUGUCUCAACUCGUUUUACCUCCCAAGUGCUCACAUCAACCUCCAUUCUUCAUUAUAGUAACUCAGCAGGAAGUGUUUCUGGCCCUCCUCCUGGUGGCCCAACUACUCAGAUCGAUUGGUCUCUAGAACAAGCUCGAUCUAUUAGACGGAAUCUCACAGCAAGCGGGCCAAGACCUAAUCCCCAAGGCUCAUACCAUUAUGGAAUGAUCAACACCACUCGUACAAUCAGACUUGCAAACUCUGCUCAAACUAUCAAUGGCAAGCAGAGAUAUGCUGUCAAUAGUGUGUCCUUCAUCCCAGCUGAUACGCCACUUAAGCUUGCCGACUUCUUCAAGAUCUCAGGGGUAUUUUCUCUUGGAAGCAUCUCAGACAGUCCCACUGGUGGUGGUGCUUAUCUCCAGACUUCAGUCAUGGCUGCCGACUUCAGAGGCUAUGUUGAGAUUGUGUUUGAGAAUUCUGAAGACAGUGUGCAGUCAUGGCACAUAAAUGGCCAUAACUUCUUUGUUGUCGGGAUGGAUGGAGGGCAGUGGACCCCUGCAAGCAGAUUAAAUUACAAUUUAAGAGACACAAUUUCUCGUUCCACUGUUCAGGUGUAUCCCAUGUCAUGGACUGCAGUUUACGUGCCUUUGGAUAAUGUGGGAAUGUGGAAUAUAAGAUCUGAGAACUGGGCUCGCCAAUAUUUAGGGCAGCAAUUCUAUCUCCGUGUCUACUCUCCUGCAAAUUCAUGGAGAGAUGAAUAUCCGAUCCCAAAGAAUGCUCUUCUGUGUGGGAGGGCAGUAGGCCACACAGCACACGCCCUCGGCAGUAGAUGAAUAUUUGGGCCUUUUAGAAACUGUCACAAGGGGGUGCCAGGAUCUUGUAUGUGAACACUAGGAGAAGGUAUCUAUCUCUGCAGUAGAUGCAGUUGGGGCUUGACUCGAGCCCUUUCUCUCCCUUGUUUUUCUUUUGCACGAGUUUAAUGUUAAACCACUAUUAGAUCGCUCUCAUUGCAGGAAAUGUUUCUUUAUUGAAUUGUGCAAAUUAAACCCAUUACAGCUAAUUAAUUUGUAAUAGAACUCGGUAUUCUUUUUU